AAAACCAAUGCCUGAUCUGGCUUCUUGAAUAAUUAAUAAACACAGUGGACUAUCCAUUCCAUAAUGGUGUUCAAAAGUGUCGCAUGGUCACUGUUGGCUAUAAUCUCUUUAAUCCUCUGUAAAUGUUUAAUAUCCACCACUGCCGCUGAAUCAAGAGCAGCAGUCAGUUCAAUUUUGGACUGUAAGCUUGAUAACGACACAUACAUCUGCAUCGGUGCUCAAUACCACAUGUACUGCAACACAACAAUGCAUCGUUUCUACUACCAGAGAUACCAGAACCAAAACCAAUACCAGUGCUUGAGUAAUGACUGUAUCUGUGUUGGUAAUAAUGACACAUGUACAUGUUACUAUAAUACUUCAUCCUGCUUCUGUGAGAAUUUUAGCAAUAACAUCACUAUCCCUACAGCAGUUAGGCCAGUCUAUGACUGUGGGUUUUAUAAUGAUUUGUACAUCUGCACUGGUGCUCGGUACCGCAUGUACUGCAACACAAGUGUACAUGAUUUCCAUUACAGCAUGUACCAUUACCACUGUUUUAAUGGUAAAUGUGACUGCAUUGGUGUUAGAGACACCUGUACAUGCUCUGGUAGCAAUUUGUCCUCCUGCUUCUGUGAGAAUUAUGGCAAUAACAUCACUAUCCCUGCAGCUGUUAGUACAGUCUAUGACUGUGUGCUUUAUAACGACACAUACAUCUGCACUGGUGCUCAGUACCGCAUGUACUGCAACACAAGAAUGCAUCAUUUCUCCUCCCAGAGAUAUCAGUACCAAAACCAAUACCAGUGUGUAAAUAAUAACUGUAACUGUAUUGGUAAUAAGGACACAUGUACAUGUUACAAUUUUAACGCCACCUCCUGCUUCUGUGAGUACAACAUCUCCACGCCAACUACCACAGGUCUGGAUAACAUACUGCCGGAUCAAUGCAGGAGUCAGAUCUCUAGAGAAUGUCUUCAAAAUCUUCUCGACAAUAUAGAGAACAUUACAGAUCAAGUGCUUCCUUUGACUGUUGUGACUACAGUUUUGGAUGUGGCUCUUAACACUUCAAAGAUUUCAGAGUCAGCUGACUCAAAGGAACUAGUGAUAUUAGGAAACAGUGUAAUAAAAGCCAGUGAGAAGCUCAUAUCUUCACUGGUGAAGCCAACAGACACAAGUGACAAUGUCAGUUUUACUCUCGACUCUGUAGAGGUACAAGUCUUCAUGAUUGGACCAAAGUUUACUUCAGAUCAAAUCCCUCAGCUGGACACCAAAAAUGCUUCAAUGGACAUUGAUCUUGUUGGGAUUGCAAAGAGUAACAACGGAACAAGAAAAUCCUCUAGUGUCCACACUACAGAGUAA